AUGCGGGCCCUUAUUCGCCUCCCAAUCUCCCCUUUCCCCAUCCCGUACUCCCCUGUCCCCAUCCCGUUCUCCCCUUUCCCCAUCCCGUUCUCCCCUUUCCGCAUCCCGUUCUCCCCUUUUCGCAUCCCGUUCUCCCCUUUCCGCAUCCCGUUCUCCCCUUUCCGCAUCCCGUUCUCCCCUUUCCGCAUCCCGUUCUCCCCUUUCCGCAUCCCGUUCUCCCCUUUCCGCAUCCCGUUCUCCCCUUUCCCCAUCCCGUUCUCCCCUUUCCGCAUCCCGUUCUCCCCUUUCCGCAUCCCGUUCUCCCCUUUCCCCAUCCCGUUCUCCCCUUUCCCCAUCCCGUUCUCCCCUUUCCGCAUCCCGUUCUCCCCUUUCCGCAUCCCGUUCUCCCCUUUCCGCAUCCCGUUCUCCCCUUUCCGCAUCCCGUUCUCCCCUUUCCGCAUCCCGUUCUCCCCUUUCCCCAUCCCGUUCUCCCCUUUCCGCAUCCCGUUCUCCCCUUUCCGCAUCCCGUUCUCCCCUUUCCCCAUCCCGUUCUCCCCUUUCCCCAUCCCGUUCUCCCCUUUCCGCAUCCCGUUCUCCCCUUUCCGCAUCCCGUUCUCCCCUUUCCCCAUCCCGUUCUCCCCUUUCCGCAUCCCGUUCUCCCCUUUCCGCAUCCCGUUCUCCCCUUUCCGCAUCCCGUUCUCCCCUUUCCCCAUCCCGUUCUCCCCUUUCCCCAUCCCGUUCUCCCCUUUCCGCAUCCCGUUCUCCCCUUUCCGCAUCCCGUUCUCCCCUUUCCGCAUCCCGUUCUCCCCUUUCCGCAUCCCGUUCUCCCCUUUCCCCAUCCCGUUCUCCCCUUUCCGCAUCCCGUUCUCCCCUUUCCGCAUCCCGUUCUCCCCUUUCCCCAUCCCGUUCUCCCCUUUCCCCAUCCCGUUCUCCCCUUUCCGCAUCCCGUUCUCCCCUUUCCGCAUCCCGUUCUCCCCUUUCCGCAUCCCGUUCUCCCCUUUCCCCAUCCCGUUCUCCCCUUUCCGCAUCCCGUUCUCCCCGUCGUGCCUCCCUUUCUCCCAUUCCUGCCUCCCCUUCUCCCAUUCCCACCUCCCGAUCUCCCUUCCCUCGUUUCCCUCGCUUCCCUCCCUUCCCUCGUUUCCCUCUGCCCAUCCCUGCACACCCCUCUCCCCAUCCCUGCACACCCCUCUCCCCAUCCCUGCAUCCCCCUCUCCCCAUCCCUGCAUCCCCCUCUCCCCAUCCCUGCAUCCCCCUCUCCCCAUCCCAGCAUCCCCCUCUCCCCAUCCCUGCAUCCCCCUCUCCCCAUCCCAGCAUCCCCCUCUCCCCAUCCCUGCAUCCCCCUCUCCCCAUCCCUGCAUCCCCCUCUCCCCGUCCCUGCACACCCCUCUCCCCGUCCCUGCAUCCACAUCUCCGCCUCUCAUUCUCCCAUUCUCUCCCUUUCCUCCCUUCACUCCCUCCCCUCCCUUUUUUCCCAUCCAUGGUCUCUUCCUGCAGUCCCUUCCGUCCCCUCCCUCCCUUUCCUCCCUUCCCUCCCUUCCCUCUCUUACCUCCCCGCGAUUUCCCUUCUCUCCCGUCCUGCCGUUGUCUCCCUUCCCUCCCUUCUCUCCCUUCUCUCCCUGCCCUCCCUUCUCUCCCUUCUCUCCCUUCCCUCCCUUCUCUCCCUUCCCUCCCGUCUCUCCCUUCCCUCCCUUUUCUCCCUUCCCUCCCUUCUUCGGUUUCCCUCACUUCUCUCCCUUCCCGCCAUUUUCUCCCUUCCCUCCCUCCUCUCCUUUCUCUCCCUGCAUCUCCCUUCCCUCCCUGCCUCCCAAUCCCCCUUCUUGCCAGCCAAUCCCCCUUCUUGCCUCCCAAUCCCCCUUCUUGCCUCCCAAUCUCCCUUCUUGCCUCCCAAUCCCCCUUCUUGCCUCCCAAUCUCCCCUACCCGUCUUUCAAACUCCACUUCCGUCUUCACCAUGGAAGCUACCUCCCUCUUCAACUCUCCUACCUCACUUCCUCUUUUCUAGGUCGUCUAUUCCCUCCUUCCAUCCCCAUCCUUCCCCUUCCACCCUCCCUCCGUCUAACACCUUCUCCUUCCAUCUUCCUUCCUACCCGCAUCUCCCCGUUUCCCCCGUCCGUCCCAUGCUUCCCCCUUCCGCCCCAUCCCUGCCCCGUCCCCUUCGAGAGUCGUCACAUGAUACUCCAACCAUUCCCCAAUCACCCACUUUACCCCCCGUUCUUCCCAUUCCUUCCCUGCCCCCUUCUUUCGCCUCGACAUCCCUCCUUACCUCCCUUCCCUCCCUUCCCUGCCUUCUCUCCCUUCCCUCCCUUCCCUGCCUUCUCUCCCUUCCCUCCCUUCCCUGCCUUCUCUCCCUUCCCUCCUUUCAUCCUUCCCUUACCGUCCAUCCCUCCCAUCCCUCCCUUAUCUUUCUUCCCUGCCUUCCGUCCCUUCCCUCCCUUCCCUCGAAUCCCUCCCAUCCCUCCCUUCUCUCCCUUAUCUCUCCUCCCACCAUCUCCAUUCUCGUACAGUCCCAUCUAAUGUCAUCACUUCACCUCUUCUCCCAUUGUUGCCACCCCUCCGUCCCUUUUUCAAAUCUUCUCCCACCUUCCCGUGCAUGUGCUGCCAUCACUUUUGCCCCAUAA